CCCACUAAGCCCAACAAAUAAAUACCUAUCUCCUCUUCUUAGUUGUCUCUUUCCUCACCGUCACAGUCCCCGCCGGCAAGGGAGCAAUUACUCUGCUCACUCUUCUCUCCGGCAAGGCAGUUGAACCCUUAAUCUCCCUACUUGCUUAGUUGAUCGUUCUUGACGAAUUAAAAACCCACAACCGAGAAAUCUCACUAUACACAGUUCAGCAUGGCAAAUUUUGAUAAUUAUGUGUCAAGAAAAGGCGGGAAAUUAAGUUCCGUGUUCACUCUAGCAGAGAUUGCUGAAAUGGACAAUUUAUACCAAGAGAUAGAAGAUCAAUCACUUGGUCAGCAGUUUUGUCAAGACCUUGCAAUGAGUUUCAGUGGUGCGGCUAGUCGUUCUGGGAAAUCUGCAAUAACAUGGGAACAGGUACAGAAAUGGUUUUGGGAUAAGCAUAAGACAUUGCACCCAGAAAGUGUUUCCACACCUGCUGGCCUCGAAUUAGUUGUUGAUCUUGAUUCAUCAACUCCAAACAAUCCGCCUGAUCUUAAUACAUCUACUCUAAGCAAUCCGCCUGAUCUUAAUUCAUCUACUCCAAACAAUCCGCCUGAUCUUAAUUCGUCUACUCCAAACAAUCUGCCAGAUGUCAAUUCAUCUACUCCAAACAAUCCGCCUGAAAGCUCUAAAAAAACUUUUCAAGGUGACAGCGUCAUGAGUUUUCACGAGUUGGCAUUUGAAGCUAGAUCAGCUAAAGAUCAGGCAUGGUACGAUGUUUCUUCAUUUCUCACCUACAGAAUUAUUAAUACUGGUGAACUUGAAGUUCGAGUGAGGUUUUCUGGUUAUCAGAAGGAGGAUGAUGAGUGGGUGAACGUGAGAACAAGAGUGCGGGAACGAUCUAUUCCUUUGGAACCUUCCGAGUGUCACAAGGUUCAAGUCGGGGAUCUUGUCCUCUGCUUCCAGGAAAGAGACUUUCAUGCAGUCUACCAUGAUGCUCGUGUUGUCGAAAUCCAUAGGAAACAACAUGAUCAAAGUAGCUGUCAGUGUGUUUUUGUGGUUCGAUACGACUAUGAUAACACUCGUGAAGAUGUUCAUUUGGGAAGGAUAUGUUGCAGGCCUGGUUCUUCAGCCGGUGCAAUUACCCAAAGCCAGGAUGAAAUGUGUAAGGAUGAGAAUUGGAAGAUGUCUUUUCUUUACUAAGGCAUAUUUAGUUCUUGUUUGCUUUUGGUUUUGGUAAUGACUUGUAAAAAAGAUGUUUUGCUAUUGAUUUAUUCCAAUGGCAUGCUACUAAUCUCUAAUUGGAAUUGGAUAAACUAUUAGAGAAAUGAAUGUGAAUAAAAUAUUUAUGAGUGUUCAAAUUCGUAAAUAUCAAUGAAAAUAUAAACUAGUUUAGUAACAA